GUCGCGAUCGGCUUCAUCCCAGCUGCCAUGGAACGAGUCAGGAAAGCCUUCUUCAACCCUCUCGCAACCUCGAAGGCCCAGAUUCAAACGAUCCUUGAAGAUCUCCCGGUCGGCUCUGCACACCCAUUCAGCCCGGAGAAAAUCCUUCUUUGUCGGACAGAAAAUGGCAUCGAAGAAAUCGAUAUCUCUUCCUACCCGGAAGACUUCUUUUUCAAUGCCAUGGACUUGGGCGAGAUGGGCGAGGUCCUUCUAAGGCGAAUGGCCGGCUUCGAGGAUCAUCUGAAGGUAUUUGAGGACUUUCAAAUUAUGCAAGCACCAGCACCAACAUUCAAGAUCCCUGUCGUCUCAGAUCAAAUUACGAUUCUGGCAGUAUCAGAACGAACACCCACUUACUACGACUUCUGCUUCGCGGAUAAAUCGUGUAAUGCAUGCUGCUGGCUUGCAAGAACUACCUUCCCGGGAAUCACCCACAGUGGAGAUAUUCUCAAUGGAAAGGAUCUCCUCGAUUACGUCAAGAUCAACCAGAACUCUCUAACAGAGAAAGAAAUCUGCGUGUUUAUCUCCGGCUAUCAGUCUACACUCAUCACAAGGUUCCUGGGAACACACCCUGCUUUGCUAGUCGCCGAUCAUGUGGAAAAGAUUCUUUACAUCAUCCCGGUGCCCUUAGACGCAGCGACAAUCGGAGACGCAACCAUCUGUUGCCCGUUGGUAAUAAAACGCGAUGGAGACUCGUUGAUUUGUUCGAUAUUACCCGCCGCAACCACGGACCGGAACAUGAUGUGCCACAGUGACAAGCUGGUCAGCCCUGCCUUCCCAGAAGCAAUUAAACGCGCCGACUUCACUAUUUCUACUCCCGAAUCGACUACACGGAAAACAGUUCCAGUGAUUGAAUCAGUCAAACAGGACACAGCGUUGAAUUCAGAAAGCCUGCAGAAGGUCAUCAUGAAAGAAAAUGUCGUAUUCACCACCCAUUCAGUCACUCUUCCUUUUUUCAUUGAUUUGGAGAAGACACAGAUCAUAGAGUUCGGCACCAGUCUUGAGUUCAAACUACUAGACGAGGAGGUACCCACAAGAGAGGAGCAGUCCGCUGUUGUUCUCCCAUGCAUCUUUGGAGCCGAGCUCCAGGGCCCAAUUCUACUUGCAACCGGAACAGUCCCUUUAAAUGUCCCAUUUUCCAAUGAAGAUGCCCUCCGGGACUACUACAAGCAACUCAAAAAUGCUGUGGUGAUUGUCGACGAACGAAUGACAGACAAUGCUCGGAAUCUUGCACCCACCUACCGAAUCAAUGCACUCUUCAUUGUUCAAAUCAAGCCAGAAACAGAGCCCAAGGAUAACAAUGGUGUUCUUUCGUUGAUGAAUUCGGCGAAUAUCAAUGCAGUGACGGCACUUGCUGGACCACAGUCUUUGAUUCUGGUUCAGAUCUCCGAGAAGUACUACUUCUACAGAGGCAUUGCCAAUCGAGCACAUCUCAAUACGUCGAGACUAGCAUUUGGCUCAGAUAUGACAACUGUACUCGAGUCUGUGGGCAUUGACUCUAUCCUAGACCCGAGGAUAGACCGAAUCAUUAACCUCGCUGACGCAAAUUCGAUCAUCCUCCCCACUACCGGCCAGUUGGUGCAACCCCAAGAUCUACAGAAGUUGUUCGAUGAAAUUUCAGUCGAUCGGAUCCAAAACCUGGAAGAAGACAUAUCUGCUGUAAUUCCACAGCUCCAGGUGCUUCUGAACCAGAAAGACAUACAAGAACUCUCCAGUUCCCUGGUGGCUGCACUCUCCGCUAAAAUCAGCGUCGUUGCAGCCCCAUUGAGAGACGACUACACCAAAUUCCUGAUGCAUGAACACCGUGCUGGAGAUCCAAAAUCCGUGCAGAAGAAGAAUAAUAUGCUCGGUGAAUUGAGAAAGAUCACAAAAGACAUGCAAAAAGCCCUUGAGCCGGUGAUCUCAUGCCUGGCUAACAUGAUAUCUUCUCAAACGACUUCGAAGCGAACGCACGAUCUGAAGCGCCUUGUUCGCCAAACCACCAUUCAAAAUAAUGUUGAGGCAGUGAAGUCCAUGACUUUUGAAACUCUUUCGGGGUACCUUGAGACAUACGCGGGAGAUAUGGGUGUGAUGCUUUUGAACAUUGAGACGACGCUUUAUCAUGAGCUUUUGGGUAAUUUGAACCACACGACCAUUGAUGCUAGCGAAUGCUGCGCCCUCGACUCGAGAAUCCUGCACCUGGAAGGAUUCGACGCCGGCAUCAUCGUAGAACAGUCGCAAGCCAAUCAUGACGGUCCACUGAAAAGCGCCGUAGGACCCUCCCAGCCCAUCUUGGCAUUACCAUACCUGAGCCAAUCAUCAGGAACCGGAUCAAUGCUUGCCUGGGUCUGCUGGGAUGAAUUCGUCAACCUGAAAAGCCCCUACACAGUGCGAUGGAUGGAGAAAUGCAAUGAACCGCACAUCGCUGCACUUCGAAUCAUCAUGAGGAACACGCUUGCACAAGCGGUUUCGUCCAGAGAAUAUGAUAUUCAACCCGAAAGCCCGGUGACUGGUCGUUUGAUGAGCGCCCUGUUAAUGGCCGCCAUGUCGAAGCUCGCGGCGAUGAGGACUUCGAAGCCCAUGGAACUAGAGAAAGCCGAGGAUACUGUCACAAGGCUAAUGCGCGGGCUUUUUGGUAAUCUCUUGACAAUCGCCGGCUCAGGAGUGCGUCCCCUCAGCAUGGUCUGGCAACUCUUCGGGUUAAAUCCCCAAAACGACCUUCCCACAAGCCCCGCUGACUGGAUCUGGUAUGAAACCGUCGUUGCACUUUACCCGUACACAGGCUGGCCACUCCGACAAUUCUAUGGGAAUCUGGAAAAACUUCUCGACAAAGCCAUCGUCCGAGUGGUGACCAAGAACGAAAAUGUGGCCAUUAUCAAAGCAAAUCGCAUGACUGAAAUGGUGAAGUUCUGCAAGCUGAGAAAUAUCCAGCUCGCGCAUUCACGGACUAUCAUCACUGUCUUCAUGCGCAUGCUUACGACGGAGGAUAUUGAUCUCCAGCCCGUCGCGGCGCGGCUGCUCGCGCAGCUGCCACUUAAACUUGAGAAACAGUCGCAAGGCUACACUAGGAUGAUCGGUUACUUAAAGCAUCUUGGAGAGGGAGGUGAACGGCGCGCCAACGAUGAUCUCAUCGCGGCAAGCGUCUACACCUCGCGAUCCGCGGCUUUCGCAGAACUAAAGAAGCAAGUCUCCGAAGCAUGCAAGAGUAAAGAUUGGGCACGGAUGAAAGAAGCCUGCCAGAGGCUAAUGAUCACACAUAAUGGAAUCGCGGCGCUUUGGCGCGUCAAGCCCGAAUCGCUGAAAGUUCAAAACAUUAAGGUGUACAAAGCGCUGUCAUCUGCGGACUUUGACGAAAUUGACGAGGACACUCAGUCCAACAACCUCAAACUCACGAGACAGGUUCUCGGCGAUGCGGAGAUUAAGCGUGUUCCGUGGCAAGUUGGGAAGAAGGAUCAAUUCGGCGGUAACAUCGAGCCUCUCGACGAAGAAUUCAUUCAUGAGAUUUUGACGGGGAAGAAGCUGGAGCCAGCACCCCCUGCUACUGCCGAUGAUAUUCCAGGGAAAGAGGAAAAGGCCAUGAUUGAAACGAAAGAUGAAUUCGCGGAAUUCGCAUCGUCUUUGCAGGCGGAAUUCAUCAAGACAAUGCAGAAGCCCCUCUCCGCCGAAGAAGUCUGCGACGUUAUGAAUGUUCCUGUCUCCGCGAUGCGUGUUUUUGCUAAGGCUUUGAAUCCAGAUCUUGUUUGGGAAGAUCUGGCGGUGAAUUUCAAGCGCGUUAUCUUGGAGUUGGUGAAGGAUCGAUCGAGUCGGGCUGAGAGUCGACCUGUUAGGAGGUUAUUGCAGAUUGAGGUUGGGAAGAACUUGCAGAUCGAGGAGUGA